CUUCUUUUCUGUGGAAGCCAUGUUGGAACCCGCUGAUAGUAACGAUGUAGAGGCUCAAGGAUCACCAACGCACGAGCGCAAAUCCACUAUUGGGCUACACAUUUCCACGGCAGUUGGUGAACUUCUCGGAACGGCAAUGUUUUUGUUUUUGGCAGAAGGAGCUGCAAAGACUGCAAAUCUCGGUAGGACAGCAGCCCAACAAGGAGCAGAAGCAUCUUUGGAUAAUAGUACAAUUCUUACAAUUGCAACUUCUUUCGGUUUAAGCUUAAUCGUUACUGCUUGGAUCUUUUUCCGAAUUACGGGUGGGCUGUUCAAUCCUGCAAUCACUUUUGCUUUAUGGUUAGUAGGCGUCUUGACGGCAGUUCGAGCAAUCAUUUUAUUCUUUGCACAAAUCGUUGGAGGUAUUCUUGCUGCUGCUUUGGUACUUGCUUUAACUCCAAGCAGAGGAGGAUCAUCUUCCGGCGUGGAUCUGGUAAAUAACAAUCUUACCGGAGUUACGAUUGCACAGGGAUUCUUUUUAGAAGCUAUUGGUACGUCAAUCUUAGUAUUCACAGUUCUGCUAUUAGCAGUCGAAAAGCAUCGAGCAACAUUUUUGGCACCAAUCGGAAUCGGAUUGGCAUUAUUCGCUAUUCAUCUUUUCCUCUUACCAUGGACAGGUUGUGCGGUCAAUCCAGCAAGAGCAUUUGGUCCUGCAGUCGUUUCUGGUGAUUUUCCAAGUAUUCAUUGGAUCUUUUGGAUCGCUCCUUUAUUUGGUUCAAUGUUGGCAGUAUUAUACUUUGAAGUUUUAAAGGCAUUUGAGUAUAAUCGUGCUGUUUUGGCAAUCGAUAGUGAAAAAGAAACAACCGUUUUGACUCCUGUACACAAGAGAAUCUUUAAUCGAGGCAAGAAAGCCGUCAAGACUGCCUUGUGAACGAUAUCUUAUAAUGACAACAUAUCCGAUUUCUGUACACUAUUCCUUAU